CAAACUAUGAAUCCUAAUCAUAAAAAUUGUGAAUUUUGUAGAUAUGAAGAUCACUAUCCACCGUACCUCACUGAUCUCCACGAUCCACAGAACCCCACAUGGUGGCAGUCCGAAACCAUGUUUGAAGGUAUUCAACAUCCCAACCACGUUAACUUGACACUGCAUUUGGGAAAAUCGUACGACAUCACCUAUGUGCGCAUACUUUUCCGAUCGCCGCGACCCGAGUCAUUCGCUAUUUACAAACGUACCUCGGAGAGUAGUGAAUGGAUUCCCUACCAGUAUUACAGUGCUACUUGUCGUGACACAUAUUCUCUACCCGACUCGCGGGCUAUCCUAAAGGGUGAAGGCGAGGCGCACGCGCUCUGUACCAGCGAAUACAGCGACAUAUCACCUUUGCGUGAUGGAGAAAUAGCCUUCUCAACGCUUGAAGGCCGACCGAGUGGUAUCAUAUUUGAACGUAGUGGCGAAUUACAGGAAUGGGUCACAGCCACCGACAUACGCAUCACCUUGGAUCGUCUGAACACAUUUGGUGACGAGCUCUUUGGCGAUGCUCAAGUACUCAAGUCGUACUUUUACGCCAUCUCCGAUAUUGCGGUUGGUGCACGUUGUAAGUGUAAUGGUCAUGCCAGCAAGUGUGUAGCUAGUACCGGCAUGUAUGGCGAACGCACUUUGGUUUGUGAGUGUCGUCAUAAUACCGAUGGACCGGAUUGUGAAAAGUGUUUGCCAUUGUACAAUGACGUCAAAUGGAAGAGGGCAACAUCGACAGAAGUCAACGAAUGCAAAGCUUGCAACUGUAAUGGUUUUGCUGACAAAUGCUUCUUUGAUGUACAUCUCUUCAACUUAACUGGACAUGGUGGCCAUUGCUUGGACUGUCGGGAGAAUCGCGAUGGGCCCAACUGCGAACGAUGCAAAGAAAACUACUAUAUGCGAGAAGAUGGCUACUGUAUCAACUGCAACUGUGAUCCGGUCGGCUCACGUUCUCUACAAUGUAAUAGUCACGGCAAGUGUCAGUGUAAACCCGGUGUGACCGGCGAAAAAUGCGACCGCUGCGACAACAACUACUAUCAGUUCGGUCAACAUGGCUGCCAGCCUUGUGGUUGUGAUCCACGCGGCUCCGCUAGCAAUAUACCAUCGUGUAAUCCCGACACUGGCAUUUGCCACUGCAAGGAAAAUGUAGAAGGAAAGCGCUGCAACGAAUGCAAACCCGGCUUCUUCAACUUGGAUAUGACAAAUCGUUUCGGUUGCACGCCUUGCUUCUGCUACGGCCACACGUCCGAGUGUCAAACAGCACCCGGCUACUCAGUAGUUUCGAUCACCUCGAAUUUCAACAAGCACAAGGAACGUUGGACUGCGAUGGAUAUUUUCAACCGUGAUGUGGAUAUCAAGUAUAACCAGUACAGUCGCAGUAUAGGCACAACCGCACAAGGCAACGAAUACAUUUACUUCCUAGCACCAGAGCGUUUCCUUGGCGACCAGCGCGCCUCCUAUAAUCACGACUUGAAGUUCAAACUACAAUUAGUUGGUCAAAUAGCGCCCAGCACCAGCGCUAGCGAUGUUAUUGUGGAGGGCGCUGGCACCAAGAUUUCGCUGCCGAUAUUCGCACAAAGCAACGGCUUGCCCGACCAAACUGAGAAAGAGUACACUUUCCGCCUGCAUGAACAUCGCGACUACCAGUGGCAGCCCAGUCAAUCGUCGCGUGGUUUUCUAUCAAUACUUUCCAACUUGACGGCAAUCAAGAUUCGCGCCACCUACUCCAUACAGGGAGAAGCCAUUUUAGAUGAUGUGGAAUUACAAACGGCUCAUCGUGGCGCUGCUGGUCAGCCCGCCACCUGGAUUGAGCAGUGUACCUGCCCCGAGGGUUACCUGGGACAGUUCUGCGAGUCUUGCGCGCCCGGUUACAGGCAUAGUCCUGCACGCGGUGGUCCAUUUAUGCCUUGCAUUCCGUGCGAUUGCAAUGGUCAUGCCGAGAUUUGUGACUCAGAAACUGGUCGGUGUAUUUGUCAACACAAUACGGCCGGGGACAACUGUGACCAGUGUGCACGUGGAUACUAUGGCAAUGCUUUGGGUGGCACACCAUAUGACUGUAAACGUUGUCCUUGCCCCAAUGAUGGUGCUUGCAUGCAAAUCAACGGUGACACCGUCAUUUGCACCGAAUGCCCUGUUGGCUACUACGGCGCGCGCUGUGAAAUGUGCUCGGACGGCUUCUUUGGUGAUCCAACAGGUCUCUAUGGCGCGGUGCAAACAUGUAAAGCGUGCGACUGCAACGGCAAUGUGGAUCCCAAUGCGGUAGGCAAUUGUAAUCGUACCACUGGUGAAUGUCUCAAGUGCAUACACAACACAGCCGGUAAACACUGCGACGAGUGCUUAUCAGGACACUUCGGCGAUCCACUGGCUCUACCACACGGCCAAUGUGACCGCUGUAGCUGCUAUCCACCAGGCACCGAACAAAAUCAGGAUGGUAUUACACAAUGCGAUCAAGUAACCGGCCAGUGCCAUUGCAAACCAAAUGUGAUUGGACGUGAGUGCGGUGAGUGCCAGCCGGGAUACUUCAAUAUUAUGUCGGGAAAUGGGUGUGAAAACUGCAUGUGUGAUCCUAUUGGUAGUUACAACUCCACCUGCGACAAGUUCACAGGACAAUGCUUCUGUAAGCCGGGAGUUUUGGGGCAACAGUGCGAUCAGUGUGAAGUAUACCAUUACGGAUUCUCCCAGGAAGGUUGUAAGCCUUGCGAGUGUGACGAAAGCGGCUCUAAAGGAUUCCAAUGCGAUCAGUAUGGGCAGUGUCCAUGCAAUGACAAUGUAGAGGGUCGCCGAUGUGAUCGUUGUAAAGAAAACAAAUAUGAUCGCCAUCUGGGCUGUAUAGAUUGCCCGGAUUGCUAUAACCUCGUACAAGAUGCGGCCAAUGAACACCGUGCAAAGUUGCAUAACCUUAGCGCGACAUUGGAUGAAAUUGCACGUACACCCGUUACUAAUGAUGAGGAGUUCGAGGCCAAAUUGAAGGCCGUGCAAGAAAAAGUAGACAUCCUCUUAACCGACGCUAAGUAUGGCGCAGGCGAAAGUGGCCAGACGUAUGCUGAAGUAUUGGAUGAUCUGCAUAAACGCCUCAACAAUAUCCGCACUCACCUGGUCACCGCCGACGAGCUACAAGAUAAGGCGAACGAUGAAAUCAAAAAGGCCAGACAAAACUAUACCAAUGCGCAUGACAUUGUUGAGGCUGCGAAGAAUGAACUGCAGAACGCAUUGAACUUACUAAAUGAUGACGGUGCACAGGCGCUGGCUAAAGCCAAAAACAAAUCUGUAGAAUUCGGUGUGCAGUCAGAUCAAAUUUCGGAGAUAUCACGCGAAGCACGGGCUUUAGCCGAUCGCUUAGAAUCGGAAGCGCAAGUCGAUUUGGAGAAUGCCAAGGAUGCCAACGAAGCAGUGGAGAAAGCCUAUGAGUUGGCGAAAAGUGCAAUCAACCUUCAGCAGAAAGUAAGCGAUGAACUGCGUUCAGAGGUACGUCUGGAGUUAAAUACAGUCAAGCAAUCGCUGACUAAUGUAGCUCAAACGACCAAAGAAGCGUUGCGUAAAGCGAACGAGGUUUACGACGCUGCUUUAACAUUGCUUACGGAUGUCAAUGGGCUAACUGCACCAGAAAUUAAUAUUAAGAAGCUUAAGAAGGAUGCGUUGGCAGCAAAUGAAGACGCCGAUCGCCUUUUGAAACGAGUCAACGAUAUAUCCAACAGCAACGGUAACAUAUUUGCCGAUUUCGAUGAGGAAUACGAACUAGCCGAUUUGCUAAUUCUCAGAGCAAACGAACAAAAACAAGACGAUAUCAGGCUAUUAAAAACCGCCCAGGACGCACUUGACAAAGCUAGAAAGGCUGUUGAGCAGGGCGAUAACACGCUGAAAGAAGCCAACAACACAUAUCACACUCUGGCAGGUAAGAACGGCUCCAAAUAAAAUUUUAUUAGAGCACAGCACCUACUUAU